GCCAGCACUAUCGCGCGAAUCGACACUCUUCUUUCACUACUUAUAGCGGGAUCAGUGAAUUCAAAAUGGCGGACGGCAUUGACAGACGGGCCGAUGACCGGAUGGAGUUCAACACCUCCAAGGAGGUCACGGUUGCUCCGACCUUUGAAGACAUGCAUUUGAAGGAGAGUCUUCUGCGCGGAGUCUACGCAUACGGAUACGAGUCUCCUUCGGCUGUGCAAUCGCGUGCCAUCGUGCAGAUCUGCAAAGGUCGCGACACCAUCGCCCAGGCCCAGUCUGGUACUGGUAAAACCGCUACAUUCUCCAUCAGUAUCCUCCAGGUUAUCGAUACCGUUGUGCGUGAGAGUCAAGCGCUCGUCCUGUCUCCCACCCGCGAACUUGCCACCCAAAUUCAGUCCGUUAUUAUGGCCCUCGGUGAUUACAUGAACGUUCAAUGCCACGCUUGUAUCGGAGGUACCAACAUCGGCGAGGACAUCCGGAAGCUAGACUACGGCCAGCACGUUGUCUCCGGCACUCCCGGUCGUGUCGCCGAUAUGAUCCGUCGUCGUCACCUGCGCACCCGCCACAUCAAGAUGCUGGUUUUGGACGAAGCCGACGAGCUCCUCAACCGCGGGUUCCGCGAACAGAUCUACGACGUGUACCGCUACCUGCCCCCGGCCACGCAGGUGGUCGUGGUCUCGGCCACCCUGCCCUACGACGUGCUGGACAUGACGACGAAGUUCAUGACGGACCCCGUUCGCGUGCUGGUCAAGCGUGACGAACUGACACUGGAAGGCAUCAAGCAAUACUUCAUCGCGGUGGAGAAGGAAGAAUGGAAAUUCGACACACUCUGCGAUCUCUACGACACGCUAACCAUCACGCAAGCCGUGAUCUUCUGCAACACGCGCCGCAAGGUCGACUGGCUGACGGAUAAGAUGCGCGAGGCCAACUUCACGGUCUCUAGCAUGCACGGCGAGAUGCCCCAGAAGGAGCGGGACAGUAUCAUGCAGGAUUUCCGCCAGGGUAACUCGCGUGUGCUUAUCUCGACCGACGUCUGGGCCCGUGGUAUCGACGUCCAGCAGGUCUCCCUCGUCAUCAACUACGAUCUCCCCACCAACCGUGAAAACUACAUCCACCGUAUCGGUCGAAGCGGUCGUUUCGGCCGCAAGGGUGUCGCCAUUAACUUCGUCACUAGCGAUGAUGUGCGCAUCCUUCGUGAUAUCGAAUUGUACUAUUCUACUCAGAUCGAUGAGAUGCCUAUGAACGUCGCCGACCUCCUCUCAUAAUCCGCACGACCGCCUCCCAUUCCAUACCACCAAUAAAUCCAUCUCUACCACCCAGGGUCAACCCUCAAUGCCACCCUUCCAACCGAACCCCCCUUACCCCGUAAAUCCUAAGAAGAGAAAGAGAGAGAGAGAAAAAAAAUUAAAAGGAAGAAACCAAGACCAGCGUGGAGGAAAAGGGAAUAUAAUCAAAUUGAUCGCUCACUCAAAAACUAUCAAAAUAUGGUGUAUCGUCAAGAACUGACUGCAUCUUCCCCUUGACCAUUGUUUUUUCAUUUCGAAAUGGAGUUUAGCUACGUGGGAUAUUAUUCAUGGUUAUUGAAGUUGGGGAAUUUUUCUAUUUUCAAUUUAUCAAAUUUACGAUUCUAUUUUUUGGGGUUUAUUAGAUUUCUUCGGUAAAUGAGUGUACAGACCCUGU